AUGACAUUAAUUCACAGUUCGUCAGGAGAAAAAGACAAAAAGGAUAUCGACUUAUACUUCGAUCCCAUGAGCCCGCCAUGCAGAUCCGUUUUGUUGACUCUGGAAGCUUUGAAUUUGGAAAUUAAUUUAAUAAAUAUUCGUCUCCCGGCUAAUAGAAAACGUAUAGAAAAUUUCCUCAAAAAUAAUUAUAAAAACACUAAACCACCUGUACCGGUAAUACAGGACGGUGACUUUGUUUUGUUGGAGAGUCAUGCAAUCAUCGUGUACUUGGUUCGAGAAUACGGUGGAAAAGACGAUCAUUCUCUGUACCCCGAUGACCCGAAAAUUCAAGCACAGGUCAACCAAAGACUGCAUUUCGACAACGGCACCCUGUAUCUGGCUUAUAAACGUCAAUACAUCCCGUGGAUUUACAAUAGAAUAGCGAAAACCGAAGAUAGAGAAAAAAAUAUCCACGAAGCGCUCGAGUUUUUAGAAAAUGUUCUGAAAAAAUCUCCUUGGACAGCCGGUGAUUCAAUGACUGUGGCCGAUUUCGCUUUGGUCGCUUCCAUUUCGACCUUUCAGGUUUCCGGUGUUGACUUGAAUAGUUACAACAAUAUAAAUAAAUGGCUUAUAAAGUGCGCGAAUACAAUGGACGGAUACGAAAAUGCUAAUCAAGAGGGAAUCGCUAUAACCAAAGCUCUGUUAAAUUAUCUGGAAAAAUUUGAUGAUUUAAAUCGACCGCAUCUUGAUAAUAUAUAUCGAUCUGAUAAAUCUUAA